UAUAUUAUCAUGGCCCCCAAGAAACCAGAACAAAAGAAGGAAACAGUUAAACCUUCUCUAGAACCAGAAGCUGCUAAAGAACCGGAGUUUGACCUACAUGGCAUCAAGAUUGAGUUCAGUGCUGAUCAGAUUGAAGAGUUUAAAGAAGCCUUCCAGCUGUUUGACAGGACUCCAGAGAAUCAGAUGAAGAUUUCAUUCUCUCAGUGUGGAGAUGUGAUGAGAGCUCUAGGACAAAAUCCAACCAAUCUUGAAGUUCACCGAGUUCUGGGACGACCCAAACCUGAGGAAAUGGGCAGUAAACUACUGGACUUUGAUACCUUCCUGCCAAUGCUGCAGCAUGUGGCGCAGUCUAAAGACAAAGGCACAUACGAGGAUUUUGUGGAAGGCCUCAGAGUUUUUGAUAAAGAAGGCAAUGGGACAGUGAUGGGUGCAGAGCUGAGACAUGUUCUGGUAACUCUGGGAGAGAGGAUGUCAGAGGGAGAAGUGGAUCAGCUGUUGGCAGGAUUGGAAGAUGCUAAUGGAUGUAUUAAUUAUGAAGCUUUUGUCAAGCAACUUAUGGCAGGCUAA